AUGAACGACAAUGAGCCGAUAGAAGUGAUUCGAUCACACCAGGAUGAUAGGGACUCUAUGCACACUAGCUCUCGGCGAGAGCGUGAGAACCCGCAGGGACCAUCAGAGCCGCCAGUCGACGUCGACGAGAAAUACAAGCGGGACAUUCCUCCUGAUGGAGGAUAUGGCUGGAUCUGUGUUGCCUGCGUCUUUUGGAUCAAUGCCCAUACGUGGGGAAUAAAUAGCAGCUAUGGAGUUUUCCUUAGCUACUAUCUCUCUCACGAUGUUUUCCCCAACACGUCAGCUCUCUCCUAUGCCUUUACUGGAGGACUCAGCAUCUCCUGUGCACUCCUUGUGGCCCCAUUAGCCACCCGUCUCAUCCAGGUCCUUGGAACCCGCUUCGUGCUGAACCUAGGUGUCUUCUUCGAAACGCUGUCUCUCAUCGGGUCCUCAUUCGCAACUCAAAAAUGGCACAUCUUCCUCAGUCAAGGCGUUUGCUUCGGCUGGGGUAUGGGCUUUCUCUUCGUGGGCAGCGUUGGUAUCGCUCCGCAGUGGUUCCAUAAGCGCCGCAGCGUCGCUCAAGGUAUCACCGCCGCCGGGUCCGGACUCGGGGGCCUGAUCUGGUCUCUCGCGGUAGGUGCAAUGAUUCCUCGUCUCGGCUUAGGAUGGGCCUUCCGUAUUCUCGGUAUCAUCUCGUGCGCCGUCAAUUUAGUUUGUGGUAAUCUGCUUCGAGACCGCAACAAGCUUGUCGGUAGCCGAUUUACGGCAUUUCAUCUCCCGCUGCUUCGCCAGCCAGAAUUCUUGCUCUUCUUGGGCUGGGGUAUCUUCAGCAUGCUGGGAUAUGUGGCGCUGCUCUUCAGUCUUGCCAACUUUGCCCUCUCGGUUGGACUCUCGUCACAUCAAGGCAGUAUUGUCGCGGCCUUGUUGAAUCUGGGUCAGGGCCUUGGUCGUCCUUUUGUGGGAAUGUUCAGUGACCGACUUGGCCGCAUCAAUAUAGCGACCUUAUUGACUUUCCUGUGUGGCUUAUUCUGUUUGGUAAUUUGGAUCUUCGCUGACAGCAUGGGUGUUGUCUGUUUCUUCGCUGUCCUAGUAGGAACUGUCGCGGGAACAUACUGGGCGACGGUGUCGCCCGUCCUCGCCGAAAUCAUUGGUCUACGAGAUCUACCUUCAGGCCUCAGCAUUACCUGGCUCACACUGGUCGCGCCGUGCACCGUCUCUGAGGCCAUUGCCCUGCAACUCCGCACCGCCAAACCGGACGGGAACACUUCUUAUCUCCGAGUCCAAUUGUUUACAGGCUUUGUGUACAUCGGUGCAUCUCUGUGCCUGUGGCUCGUACGUGGUUGGAAAGUUGGAGAGCUAGAAAUUGCUGAACAGCGCAGAGAAUCUGUGGCCCGAGAAACGCCGCUUACGACCGCGACGGUGGGAGAGAAGCAGGAUCGUUCUGCGACCAGAAUACCUUCAAUUGGCGUCGCUGAUACACAGAUAUGGACACCAUUCAAUCUAGCACGGAGAAUGGUGGCAUUAAAACGUGUCUGA